UUUGCCCGUACGGAUUCCGCUUGAGUGAUCCGUGAUCCGAUCCGACGAUGGUCCCGGUUGUUGAUCCCAGCUCUUUCUGUUCUUUGACCAAGUGCAUCACCAAGCACCUGAAUCUGACCUUCCGAGUGGAUUUUGAGAGCCAUGUCAUCAAAGGCAAAGUCGCUUUGACCAUAGAAGUGCUGGAGGAUAAGCUAUCUUCUCUGACACUGGACACAAAGGACCUGAAGAUCUUCCAUGUGAGGGCCAAUGGACAGGAGGCCACUUUUGCUCUGGGCACCCAGCACAGGUUCAAAGGGACCCCACUGGUCAUCACACUCCCCUUCGCUCUGUCCAGGGGUCAGCACGUGAUCGUGGAGGUGGCCUAUGAGACCUCUCCCAAGGCCUCGGCUCUGCAGUGGCUCCGGCCCCAACAGACUGCUGGGAAGAAACAGCCCUACCUUUUCAGCCAGUGCCAGGCUACCCACUGCAGGACCAUGGUUCCCUGUCAGGACACUCCGUCAGUGAAGCACACCUACUACGCCCAGGUGUCCGUCCCCAGAGAGCUGGUGGCUCUGAUGAGCGCUGUGCGUGACGGGCAAGAUCCUGACCCUGAAGACAGCAACCGUACCGUCUACCGCUUCCGCCAAACGGUUCCGAUGCCGUCUUAUCUCAUCGCUCUGGUUGUGGGGGCCCUGGAAAACCGGGAGAUCGGCCCGCGGUCCAGGGUGUGGUCUGAGAAGGAGCUGGUCGACCAGGCAGCCUAUGAGUUUGCAGAAACGGAGGCCAUGUUGAAGGCAGCGGAGCAGCUUGCGGGGCCCUAUGUGUGGGGGCAGUAUGAUGUUUUGGUGCUCCCCCCCUCCUUCCCCUACGGCGGCAUGGAGAACCCCUGCCUCACCUUCGCCACGCCCACCCUGCUGGCUGGGGACCGGUCCCUGUCCAAUGUCAUCGCCCAUGAGAUCUCCCACAGCUGGACUGGAAACCUGGUGACCAAUAAGACCUGGGAGCACUUCUGGCUGAACGAGGGUCACACGGUGUAUCUGGAGCGCAUGAUUGGCCGGUCUCUGGAGCCGGAAGGCGAGCAGUUCAGGCAGUUUAAGGCCAUCGGAGGCUGGAAGGAGCUGCAGGAAUCUGUGAAGACGUUUGGGGAGAAGAACGUCCUCACCAACCUGGUGCCCGACCUGCAGGAGGUGGACACUGACGAGGCCUUUUCCUCCGUGCCGUACGAGAAGGGCUUUGCUCUUCUGUACCACCUGGAGGAGCUACUGGGGGGCCCAGAGGUGUUCAUGGGAUUUGUUAAAUCCUACAUCCAGCUGUUUGCCUAUGGCAGCGUGACCACGGAGGAAUGGAAGAGCUACCUGUUCACUUACUUCAAGGACAAGGUGGAUAUGCUGAACAAAGUGGACUGGACCGGCUGGAUGAACACACCCGGAAUGCCCCCUGUCACCACACAGUAUGACACCACGCUUGCAGACGCCUGCAUCGCCCUGUGCAAGAGAUGGGUCCAGGCUAAAGAGGCGGGCCUGGCUGGGUUCACUGAGGCCGACAUUAAGCCCCUCUCCUCCCAUCAGCGCAUUGAGUUCCUGGCCCUGCUGCUGCAGGAGAAGCCCCUCCCUCUGUCUCAUGUCAAGAGGAUGGAGGAGGUCUACAGCCUGAACAGCGUGAAGAACGCAGAGAUACGAUUCAGGUGGCUGCGUGUGUGUGUGAGGGCGAAGUGGGAGGAGUCUGUUCCCCUGGCUCUGGGGAUGGCCACUGAGCAGGGCCGCAUGAAAUUCACCCGCCCACUGUUCAGGCGGGUAAUAUCAGCUGACAAAGUUCCGGAUCUGGCCGUCAGCACCUUCCUGCAGCACCGGGGCGGCAUGCACCCUGUCACCUCCACCCUGGUGGCCAAGGACCUGCAGGUGCAGCAGGACCAAACCACUGGCUUCUAGUCCCCAACUACCACAGCUCUCUCUCUCUCUCUCUCUCUCUCUCUCUCUCUCUCUCU